AUGUCUGCCCCCGUCUCGGACCCGACGAGCAAUUCGUCGGCGACGACGACAGACUCUCCCACUCAGGGUCCGUCCUCCUCCCCCGGCUCCCUCCACUUCCUCGGUCAUCCCGCCGUCCGACACUACCACCACCUCCUCCACCACACUCACCACCGACACUACCACCACAUCUCCCUCCUCCACCACCACCACCACCACACCUCCUACCGACACUACCACCACCUCUGCGAACACAAACCCCACGUCGCAGACCACCACAGGGUCCAGCACUGGUACCAGCUCAACAACCUCACUCCCCCCUCGUCUACUCAGUCGUCUACGACCUCGUUCUCGACCUCCACCCAGACGAGCACGUUCAUUGGCACCAAUGCCCAGGGUUCCACCUUCACCUCCCUCGUAACCCAGACGGUUACAUCCGCGAGCACCUCUCCCGUCGAUUCCUCCCAAAAUAACGAGACUUCGUCAUCGUCACAUACGGGCGCCAUCAUCGGAGGCGUGGUUGGUGGUGUUGCUGCGCUUGCGCUCAUCGGUGCGCUCCUCUGGUUCUUCCUCAAACGCCGUCAGCGCGACGACUUCGACGGCAACUUCGAUCCCGACCGGGUCGUCGGCUUGUCCGGAGACAACCACGGCACGCUUCCCGACAUCGACCUCGCUGCGGAGAACAUCACUCCCUACAGCUAUUCGCCCCACGGCGCUGGUCCGGGCACGCCCGUCCCCACCCACCCCCCUAGCAUGUCACAGUACGGCCCUUCGGCGUUCGCGGGCGGUCUGGCUGCAGGUGCUGCGGGUGCCGCGAUGGGUGACCAUCGCUCCGCAUCACCUCCCUCCGCGUACUCUCAAUCCGGGCAGACCCAGUCGCGCUACUCGCACGGCCCCGGAUCGGACUCCCAGCACGGGUACCCCGACUACUCCGCAUACGCUACCUACGCCAACGCACCAAGUACCGCGCACUCUCACACAGGAAGCACCUCCCCAACCAACCCCUCCGUCGGCGGCAUCCCCAACCGCGACUUCCGCCAUCCCUCCCCGGGCGCCUCCGUCUCGUACGCUGGCACCGACUCCGGCUCGUCGAGCGGUCCCGGAAUGAUUCCGAGCGCAAAAGAGCGCGAGGCGGCGGCGUACCGCCGCGGCCAGAACCUCGCAGUCUCGAACCCCGAUCACGGUGCGAACACCUCGGCGCAAGGUUCGGGGGUCAUGCAGCACGUAGACGGUGGUCGUCUGCAUGCGACGCCCGAGGACGACGAGCCUGCGGAGGUGCCGCCGCGGUACGACACGAUCCCCCGCGAUAAGUGA